AUACUUGCAACCCUCUCCCAUCCACUCUCUAGCACCAACAAGAAGCAUUGCAGCCCAAGUUCUGAACACAAAAAUGGCCUCCACAGCCCUAUCCAGCGCCAUGGUCAGCACCUCCUUUUUCCGUCGCCAACCCAUGGCGACAAGCCUUAAGUCCCUUCGAAGCAUUGGACAGGCUCUUUUCGGUGUCAAAUCCGGACGAGGUGGUCGUAUAACAGCAAUGGCAACUUACAAAGUUAAGCUGAUUACACCAGAUGGAACAAGCGAAUUUGAUUGCCCUGAUGACCAAUACAUUCUUGACGUGGCUGAGGAGCAAGGCAUUGACCUUCCCUACUCUUGCAGGGCUGGUGCUUGCUCUUCCUGCGCAGGAAAGGUUGUGGAAGGUAAUGUUGAUCAAUCCGACAACCAAUUCCUUGAUGAUGAUCAGCUGGGUAGCGGCUAUAUUCUCACUUGUGUGGCUUAUGUUCAGUCUGAUGUUGUGAUUGAGACACACAAGGAGGAAGAGUUGGUGGGUUGAUUUAUUCCUUGUGUCUUUCUUUAUCAUGUGUCUACGCCUGCGGUUUCUUGCUAAUUUACCUGUAGUGUACUGAAUUAUCAUUUCAAGGGAUACACUUGUUUUUCUCUUAUCUUCUGUUUUGUGUGAACAAAUUAAUAACCAUCAACUCUUUAGCUUCCUUUUCUA